CGCAAGACGAUAUUUUCGAAGAUCAACCCUCAGCAAAGAGGCGUAAACUAGAUGGGCAGAAAUAAUGGCGGGGCAAUCAAGAAUGGCGGCAGAUAUUAAUGCAAACACACAACGACAAGAAGAGUUGGGAGUUGGAGAAGCGUCCCGGCCAUGCCCACCAACACUGUUUACUCUAUAAAGACAUCUUAAUGGUCUUGACUAUGGUACGAUGAUUGCACAUGAGCCUCAAUUUUGUCAAACAAUGAUAACCCUUCGAAGCAAAGGUAAAGACCUAAAGAAACAAGGAAAGUGAAAUAAGUCCAUGGAAGCAGACGCCAUCAGUGAUGCCGAAAAAGUUCGAGUGUAUGCAACCGGGGAACUUGGAAAUCACAACCCAAGAAGCUUGAUGAACACUCUCUGGUUAAAUACAACCACCCACUUUGGAAUAAGUGGUGGAGGCACCGAACAUAGGCAACUGAUGUGGGAAAAUAUUCAGCUGGGAAUAGAGGGCACUGAGGAAAACUUGAAAUUCAAUGAGCGCCAGACAAAAACCAGGACUGGUAGUGAUAUAAAUAAUGUACGCCGACAAAAACCCAGGAUGUAUGCCACUUGCACUGAAAGGUGUCCAGUGGUUACAUACAAACAGUACGCUGACCACAGACCAGUGAACUUUUCCGCCGAUGAUCAUCCUUUCUAUCUGGCAGUGGUAACCAACAAGGUCCACCCUGUGGAGCAUGAACAGUGGUUCCUGGCCGCUGCCAAAGGUCGUAAUAAGCUAGACCCCUUCAUGAAAAAGAUGGCCUAACGAGCAGGAUUUCCAGCUUUGAUGGACGGGAAGAGGCUGACAAACACGAGUGCAUGGAAGAGACUUUGCCAAAAACUUUUGAAGUCAAAUGUACCCGACACUCAGGCUAUUUUGAUAACUGGUCACAACAAUCAGGAUCACUCGAUAAUUACAGAGUCCUAUCUAAUGAGGCCUAACAAAAAAUAUGUCUGUUUCCUGUAACAUGCUUAAAAAAAAGAUGGGUCGGUAGGUAGGGAUUUUUUUGACAGCCAUUGUAUAUGUAUUUCAGUUGUAGAAUGCAUCCUUAUUAAGGGCAAGACCUGGGUUCGACCUCCAGCGGUGGCAAAAUAAUGUGCAAUUUUGAGCAUUGUCAGUAUGUUCAUCAGGGAAGCAGUUCAUUUUUACACUUCGCAAAUAUAACCCAGUGAAAAAGUGAAUCAAAUAACAUUU